UCUAUUCUCUUUCUAUUCUCUUCUCUAUUCUCUUUCUAUUCUCUUCUCUACUCUCACCUCUACUUUCAUCUCAUAACUACUACUCUCACCUCAACUCUCUCCAAUGGCCCCCAUCUUCGUCCCCGCUGACCCUCACCACCCUCCCAUCUCCCGCUCCUCGCCCCCCUACACCUUCGCCAUCGGCCCCGCCGAGAAACCCGGCGAGACCCCAAUCCGCCGCUCCGUCAAGGCCUCUCCCGCCGGCGAGCCCCUCAUCACCCGUCCCGCUCCCGACGUCGCCACCAACUGGGAUCUCGUCCAGUUCGUCGCCAAGCGCUACAACGACAAGCCAUGUCUCGGCUCUCGCAAGGUCAUCAAGAUUCACGAGGAGACAAAGAUUAUCAAAAAAGUCGUCGACGGAAAGGAGCAGUCCAUCCCCAAGAAGUGGAACUACUUUGAGCUCUCCCCGUACUCUUACAUCUCGUACGCCGAACUCGAACAAAACGUCCGCGUCUACGGUUCAGGACUCAAAUCCCUUGACGUCUCCUUGUUAGAGGUUUACGGCUCGACCAGCGCCGACUGGCUCACCAUCGCCCUCGCCGCCGGCUCUCAGUCCAUCCCCAUCGCCACCGCCUACGACACCCUCGGCGAGGAUGGUCUCACCCACUCCCUCAAGGAAACCGAGGCCUCCGCCGUCUUCACCGAGCCCACCCUCAUCAAGUCCCUAAUACGCCCUCUCUCGCAGACUCCCGACCUCAAGUACGUCAUCUACCGCGACGAGCCCGCGCCAAAGCCUGAGGACGUGGCCGCUUUCAAGGAAGCCCAUCCCUCCAUCGCCUUAAUAUCCUUCUCUGAACUCCACCAGAAAGGUCUCGACGCAAACCUCCCGCCCACCCCGCCCUCGCCGGAAGACAUCUGCUGUAUCAUGUACACCUCGGGUUCGACCGGAACCCCCAAGGGCGUCGUCCUCACCCAGGAAAACGUCGUUGCCGCGAUCGCCGGUGUCGAUGGCGCCGUCGAGGGCGCCGUCAACGAGCACGACUACCUGCUCACCUACCUGCCGCUGGCCCACAUCCUCGAGUUUGUCUUUGAGCAGGCCUGUCUCUUCUGGGGCGGCACCCUCGGCUACGGCACCGUCAAGACCAUCUCCGACGUCUCCAUGCGCAAUUGCAAGGGCGACAUCACCGAGUUCAGACCGACCGUCAUGGUCGGCGUGCCUGCCGUCUGGGAAACCGUCCGCAAGGGCAUCUACGCCAAGAUCAGCGCCUCCGGCCCCGCCGUCUCCAGCAUCUUCUGGGCUGCCUACCACGCCAAGGGCUUCAUGAGCCACUACCGCAUUCCGGGAACUGGAAUCAUCGACCACGCCAUCUUCAAGAAGGUCAAGGAGGCCACCGGUGGCCGUCUGCGCAUCAUCAUGAACGGCGGUGCCGCUAUCUCAAAGGAGACGCAGACCUUCUUGGGCUCCGUCGUGUGCGCCAUGAUCCACGGCUACGGUCUCACCGAGACCUCCGCCAACGGCGCGCUCAUGUCGCCUCACCAGAUCACCGUCGGCACCGUCGGCGCGCCCACCGUCUCCAUCGAAGUCAAGCUCGUGGACGUGCCCGAGACCGGCUACCUGUCCACCAACAGCCCCCCUCAGGGUGAGGUCUGGAUCCGCGGCGGGCCCGUGUCAAAGUGCUACUAUCGCAACGAGAAGGAGACCGCGGAGUCGUACGAGGAUGGUUGGUUCAAGACCGGCGAUAUUGGUGAAUGGGCGCCGAACGGCCACCUGCGCAUCAUCGACCGCAAGAAGAACCUGGUGAAGACGUUGAACGGCGAGUACGUCGCGCUCGAGAAGCUCGAGAGCGUGUACCGAACAUGCAGCGUUGUGGGAAACAUCUGCGUGUACGCCGACGCCGACCACGUCAAGCCGAUCGCGAUCAUCAUGCCCGCGGAGCCUGCGUUCCUCAAGUUUGUCAAGGACAAGGGUCUUGGAGAUAAGGAGCUCGGCCACCUCGUGCACGACAAGGCCGUGCAGAAGGCGGUUCUUGAUAUGCUCCUUGACGCGGGCAAGAAGGGCGGAUUGCACGGCAGCGAGAUGAUUUGCGGCGUCGUGAUCACGGACGAGGAGUGGACGCCGCAGAACGGGUUCUUGACUGCUGCGCAGAAGCUCCAGCGCAAGAAGAUCAUGGAGGCGAACAAGAAGGGCGUCCAGAAGGUUUACAAGGCCAGCUCGUAGACUUCUAGUAGAGAGAAGGUGAUGGUGUGAAGUCGGUCGUUGAGUGCGAAUUAGGUGAAAUAAGUGUUGUUUUUUGAGUGAUUUUGUUUGAUGUGUUUUGACCCUUCUCUCUUGUCUUUUUGUCUGAUGUUUUGAAUUGGUCGACAUACAUCUGUCGAUCCUUCGUUGUUGUGAUUCUUUGCUUCCACUUUCUUUUUGUCGUCCAGUCUACUGUUUUUGUGUUUGUAUGUAUGGGUCGUGUCUUUAUGCGGUGUUUCUCUUGCAUUAUGUAACAAUAAUAAUAAUCCUCCUCUCA